GUAAUCCAAAGGAAACGUAACCUCCUCGCGCAAAACUGCAGACGAAACUGACGUGACGUUUGGAAACGUUAAGUUUUGUGAAAAAAACAUUGUCAAAAACUGAACCAGUAAAACGAUUGAACAAGCGCGAAGAUGCCGGACCAUUUAGGAGACGAUAUGCGAAAAGUGAAGAACGAGGAGGAGAAAGAGGAGAAGGAGAUAAAAUCUUUGGAUGAAGGCGAUAUUGCAUUGUUGAAAACUUAUGGUCAAGGACAAUAUACAAAGAGUAUCAAAGUGGUGGAAGAGGACACUCAAGCAAUAACCAAGCGUGUGAAUGAAUUGACCGGUAUUAAGGAAUCAGAUACUGGUUUAGCACCACCAGCACUUUGGGAUUUAGCAGCAGACAAACAAACCUUACAGAAUGAGCAACCUCUGCAAGUGGCGCGCUGCACAAAAAUCAUAAAUGCCGAUUCCGACGAUCCAAAGUACAUUAUAAAUGUAAAGCAAUUCGCUAAAUUCGUGGUCGAUUUAGCGGAUUCAGUCGCACCUACGGAUAUAGAGGAAGGCAUGAGAGUAGGUGUUGAUCGUAAUAAAUAUCAAAUUCAUAUUCCGUUGCCAUCAAAAAUUGAUCCUACUGUAACAAUGAUGCAAGUUGAAGAAAAGCCUGACGUAACCUACAGUGACGUCGGAGGCUGUAAAGAACAAAUUGAAAAAUUGAGAGAAGUUGUGGAAACACCGUUGUUGCACCCAGAAAAAUUUGUCAACUUGGGUAUUGAGCCGCCCAAAGGUGUUCUUCUCUUUGGUCCACCUGGUACAGGAAAAACUUUGUGCGCUAGAGCAGUAGCGAAUAGAACAGACGCCUGCUUUAUUCGUGUAAUUGGUUCAGAAUUAGUCCAGAAGUACGUUGGUGAGGGUGCUAGAAUGGUAAGAGAACUUUUUGAGAUGGCGCGAAGUAAAAAAGCAUGUUUGAUCUUUUUUGACGAAAUCGACGCCAUCGGUGGCGCCCGCUUCGACGAUGGUGCCGGCGGCGAUAACGAAGUACAACGUACCAUGCUGGAAUUGAUAAAUCAAUUAGACGGAUUUGACCCUCGAGGUAAUAUAAAGGUCUUAAUGGCGACAAACAGACCGGACACGCUGGAUCCCGCUCUCAUGCGACCGGGACGCCUGGACAGGAAGAUUGAGUUUGGCCUGCCUGAUCUUGAGGGACGCACCCACAUCUUCAAGAUUCAUGCUCGUUCGAUGAGCGUCGAGCGAGACAUCAGAUUUGAGCUGCUCGCUCGUUUAUGUCCGAAUAGCACAGGUGCCGAAAUUCGAUCUGUGUGCACCGAAGCCGGUAUGUUUGCUAUUCGCGCGCGGCGCAAAGUUGCCACAGAGAAGGACUUCCUCGAAGCAGUCAAUAAGGUCAUCAAGUCUUACGCCAAGUUCUCCGCGACGCCGAAAUACAUGACGUACAAUUAAAACCACGUAAUAAUAACCACGUUCGAUCUCCGUGCCCGAUAAUUUAAAAAAACGUUAGCGCAACAAUCUUGUGAUUAGGUAUUACAUUCGAUCAAGAAGCAACUUUGUUUUCAAAUCGUUUAAUAAAGAAGUGUUUUCUGAUAUAAAAAAAAAACAGUUUCUGAAAAAAAAAAAAA